UUGUUUAAGAACUAUUGCAUUUGAAAUUGUGUUGCGAUAAUUUCACAACUCUGUGCUGGCAGCAUAUAUUUAAUAUUUUUCUCGAUAGCGGCUUGUUUUAAGUUAUUGAUUAAUUAUUAAAUAUAGCAAUAAAAAUGACUGCCUUCGAAGAAUUUGGUGUAUUACCCGAAAUUGGUAAAGCAAUCGAUGAGAUGGAAUGGACAUUACCUACCGAUGUCCAGGCCGAAGCUAUUCCUCUCAUUUUGGGUGGCGGUGAUGUCUUAAUGGCCGCUGAAACUGGCUCAGGUAAAACGGGUGCCUUUUGCUUACCGAUAUUGCAAAUUGUCUGGGAAACUCUGCGGGACUUGGAGGAAGGCAAAACGAAAAAAAUUUCGGGAUCAGCAGGCGGUGUGGCUCCAUGGACAAUGUCAUUCUUCGAUCGCGGAUCGGCUAUGGCUGUCACUCCUGAUGGUUUACGUUGCCAGUCUCGCGAAUUUAAAGAAUGGCAUGGUUGCCGAUGCACCACUGGUGUUAAAGGUAAAGGCAAAUUCUACUAUGAAGCUACUGUAACGGAUGAAGGCCUUUGCCGUGUCGGUUGGUCUACUCAGCAAGCUAACUUGGAUUUGGGCACUUGCCGUUAUGGGUUCGGCUUUGGCGGCACUGGUAAAAAAUCAAACAAUCGUCAAUUCGAUGACUAUGGUGAGGCUUUUGGAAAAAAUGAUGUAAUCGGCUGUUUUUUGGACUUAGAAAAAAUGGAAAUCACAUUUUCUAAAAAUGGCCAAUUACUGGGUGUAGCUUUCCGUUUAAACGAUAGUCUUAACAACGAGACAUUCUAUCCAGCGGUAGUUUUAAAAAAUGCCGAAAUGUCAUUCAAUUUUGGGAAAAGUGAAUUUAAAUACCCUCCGAAAGGUGGCUUUAUAGGUACUACAAAUGCAGAUUCACAUCACACUAAGUUCAAUCCUCUAGCUAGUGCUAGUGCUAGUGGCGGAACUGGAAAACCAGUUGCCAAUGCUCCUCAAGCUAUAAUAAUAGAACCUAGUCGAGAAUUAGCUGAGCAGACCUACAAUCAACUCGAGAAAUUUAAGGUGCACCUGUCAAAUCCGGAUGUGUGUUCCUUGCUCUUGAUCGGUGGCGUUAAAUUAGAACAGCAGAAGAGUGCAUUGCAGCAAGGCGUACACAUUGUUGUAGGCACUCCAGGACGUCUAGAAGAAAUGAUAAAUGGCGGCUUUGUACAACUAACCCAUUGCAGAUUUUUCGUUUUGGAUGAAGCCGACGCUUUGCUUAAACAAGGCUAUAGCGAUCUAAUUGAAAGAUUGCACAAGCAAAUUCCUAAAAUGACCUCUGACGGACGCCGUCUACAAAUGGUUGUCUGUUCGGCUACUUUGCAUGCAUUCGAGGUAAAGAAAAUGGCCGAUCGUCUAAUGCAUUUCCCUACCUGGGUCGAUUUAAAGGGGGAAGACGCGGUUCCUGAGACUGUCCAUCAUGUCGUAUGUAUGGUAGACCCUCAAAAGGACACCAUAUGGCAUAAUUUGAGACAGCGCAUACGUACUGAUGGGGUGCAUGCUCGAGAUAAUGUCCAUCCACAAAAUCUCGUACCAGAAACCUAUUCAGAAGCGGUUAAGAUUCUUAAGGGAGAAUAUUGCAUACGCGCAAUACAAGAGCACAAAAUGGAUCGGGCUAUUAUCUUUUGUCGCACUAAGUUAGAUUGCGAUAAUCUCGAGCAAUAUUUUAGAACUGCAGGCGGCCAAAGGUAUUCAUGCGUCUGCCUCCAUGGGGAUCGUAAGCCUCAGGAACGUAAACAAAAUUUGGAAAGAUUUAAAAGAGGUGAAGUUAAGUUCCUUAUAUGCACAGAUGUGGCUGCCCGAGGUUUGGACAUUACAGGCCUACCAUACAUGAUUAAUGUUACUCUGCCCGAUGAAAAAUCAAACUAUGUGCACCGCAUCGGUCGUGUAGGCAGAGCUGAACGUAUGGGUUUAGCCAUUAGUUUAGUGUCUACUGUUCCCGAGAAGGUCUGGUAUCAUGGUGAUUGGUGCUCCUCGCGUGGUCGUAAUUGUUCCAAUACAAAUCUGACUGAUGCUCGCGGUUGCUGUAUCUGGUAUAAUGAGAAAAAUCUUUUAGCCGAAAUUGAAGAUCAUUUGAAUAUAACCAUACAACAAGUGGAUAAAGCCAUGUCUGUUCCAGUUAACGAUUUUGAUGGCAAAGUGGUUUAUGGUGAGAAAAACCUUAGUACAGGGACCGGUUAUAAAGAUCACGUUGAACAAUUGGUGCCUGUUGUACGAAAACUAACUGACUUGGAGCUGCAAUCACAGUCUUUAUUUUUAAAACGUUUGAAAGUUUAAAAAUGCAUAUUGGAUCAAAACAGAAGGCAAACAAGAGAAGGACAAACAAAACAUAAGUCCAACGUAAUUACAUAUUUUGUGUU